AUGAGAGCAGAUUCUUUUUUUCCACCAGGAAAAUAUGUUGUGUUCUUCUUUUACCCUCUUGACUUUACCUUUGUGUGCCCCACGGAGAUCAUUGCUUUCAGUGAUAGGGCAGAAGAAUUUAAGAAACUCAACNGGCACCCAAGCCCGCCCCCAGAAAGGGAAAUAGCUGAGUCAUUCCCGCUACGCUGUAGGAUUAACACACCCAAGAAACAAGGAGGACUGGGACCCAUGAACAUUCCCUUGGUGUCAGACCCCAAGCGCACCAUUGCUCAGGACUAUGGGGUCUUAAAGGCUGAUGAAGGCAUCUCAUUCAGGGGCCUCUUUAUUAUUGAUGAUAAAGGUAUCCUUCGGCAGAUCACUGUAAAUGACCUUCCUGUUGGCCGCUCCGUGGAUGAGACUCUGAGACUAGUUCAGGCCUUCCAGUUCACUGACAAACAUGGGGAAGUGUGCCCAGCUGGUUGGAAGCCUGGCAGUGAUACCAUCAAGCCUGAUGUCCAGAAGAGCAAAGAAUAUUUCUCUAAGCAGAAAUGAGUGCUGGGCUAGCAGAUAGCCCUGAGAACAAAACCUCUUUUGUACUAUUGUCAUACUUAAAACACAAGUCCUUAGAUUUAGCCCAGAUGUGGUGUGGGAUAGGACAGGCCUUUAUUCUUCUGGAAGAAAAGGCCUGAACUUUGCUAUGAGGUAGACCAACUGAUGUGUACAGUAGUGGGGCAUCACUUUUGAUCUUUUGUAGUUUCUAUUAAACGAACUGAGACCUUGUUUCUUCAUUUUA